AUUGUCGUUACACUUUCAAAUGGAACUGCUAAAAUCUCUAUUUCCAUUUCCAGUUUUCACUCCAAACCCUAAUAAUUUCACCAUGAUCAGGCCCUCCAGACAUUGUUUUCAGACGAGGGUUUCGAUUAAACCUCCACCGCCAGAAUUCGACUUCAAGUCUGAAAUCCUAAUCGGAUCUCGAGUCAUAAUUGCCGAGAUGCAUCCGGAAUUGCUCGACUUAGCCGACGAAGGAAACUUAGUUGUCAUCAGAAAGAAUCAAUUUGGUCCUGUCCCGGCAUGGCGAUCUGAGUUCGUGGAGCCUGAGACUAUCUGGUUAUUCGGUACAAAUCACGUGUCUCAAAAAUCCGCCAUUGACGUCGAACGAGUUGUGCAGGCCGUGAAACCCGAUAAUGUCGUCGUCGAGCUCUGUAGGAGCAGAGAGCAUUUUCAGAGCAGGAAUCAUGUACACAUCAACUGAUACCGAGGUCGAACCACGGCUAAAGCCCAACCCUUUUUCGUUAUCUGGUUCUGGGUUCAUUGGUGCCGUUGGUCGCAGCAUCAAUCUAGGUGGUCAAACGGCUCUAGCAUUACGUCUAUUGUUGGCAACAUUCUCUUCCAAGAUUUCUUCGAACAUCAAUCGCCCUUUUGGCGACGAGUUUCGUGCUGCAAGAAAAGCUUCGGAGGAAAUAAGUGCUCAGGUGGUACUAGGAGAUCGGCCUAUCGAAAUAACGCUCCAAAGGGCGUGGAGCUCGCUAAAAUGGAGCGAAAAACUAAGCCUCGUUGUCGCAAUUCUCCGAGGAAUAACAUCAUCCUCGGACCAAUCCAAGAUAAACUUUAAGGAAUCAACCACAAACGACAGCGAUUUUCAACUUUACGAGCAGUUGAGUUUCUCGUAUCCGUCAUUGCUACAACCUCUGAUCCAUGAACGUGAUACCUACAUUGCUUGGUCUCUGAAGCGAAGCAAAGCUGUAAGAAACGGUAAGAGAGUGGUUGGGGUUAUCGGAAGAGGACAUUUGAACGGUGUGAUCUAUGCACUGAUUUCCGAUCUUGGAGACUUGCGGUUUCGUGAUCUUGUUGGGGAGAGAUCUUCAACGGAUGGAUCUUGGUUGAAUACCAUCGUAAAAAACUUGGUGAGAGACACGAUAAUUGGUGUCGUGAUAUGGGCUUUGUACGAACAGAUAAAGAAUUGAUGCAUACCAAACGCUACAACGAAAGGAUCACAAGGAUUAACACCAACGUUUUCGACUUCGUCUCAUGCAAGUUAAAAUCGCCUCUCGGUGUUAUUCCUUGUACGUAUGUCAUUUCAGUAUUUUGCUUUGUUUGGUUGAAAUGUAUGUAAUAGUAAACUUCGACUUUGUG